AUGUCGUCUGAUUCCAGUCAACAAAUAGGGAGGUGUCAUGUUCUCCGGCGCGCUGCGGAGGGCGUGAUGGCUCGGCUCUCCUUCCUGGAGCACCACACGCUCCAGCCGAACGGGCAGGGGCAGGCGAAGCCUCUUUGCCUUCGAAACCCCGACUACGGCAAGAUGAGGAAGAAGAUGGAGGUGUCGUUCCCGGACCAGCUCGAAACGGCCAAGGCGGUGGGUUUCGACGGGCACGCGCGGGGGGUGCUGUCGGAGCUGGAAGGCGUGUUUCAGGUGUUCGAGGAUGUCACGGAAGUCAGUCAGUCGUCUUGUCUCUCCCUGCCUACCUGCGACAGGGACGGUAUGGUGGAGGAGCUGCGGGACAUGUCGGGCUGCCGCAACGGAAUCCCUCUCAAGUUCGCGGCGGAUGUCAACCCGGAACUGAUGAUGAGCUUCAUGUCCCUCAUGGCCGACUAUGUGAGGGUGCACCUGGUCGUGGCCUCUGUGACGGAGAGGAAGCAGGCCCUGGGGAUGUACUACUUAGCGCACGCGACGGUCCACGGGAAGAAGACCACCCCGGCUAUGGCCAAGGUUAACUCCCUCAUAUCCGUGUGCGACAACCCCCUCCACGGGCUGGCGAUGGAGAUGUCGGUCAAGGCCUGCGAAGUCGUCAGGUCUUGCGUGGGGGGCGCGCUGACAGCCGUCAAGGAGGUGGUGGAGGUGGCCUCGGAAGUGCGCGAUUCCUUUCUGCGGCGCCCCCUCGUUCUGUGCUUAUUGUAA